CCGACGUGGGUGUACGCAUGCGCCCUUACAUCUCUCUCGCUGCCGACUCCGGUUUGACCUACAGCCGUCCAGGACAAGAUGGCCGCACCAGUGGUGUCCGGGCUGUCCCGGCAGGUUCGAUCCUUCAGUACUUCUGUGGCCAGGCCAUUCACCAAACUUGUGCGGCCGCCCGUUCAGAUCUACGGUGUCGAAGGUCGUUAUGCCACAGCUCUUUAUUCUGCAGCAUCUAAGCAAAAUAAACUGGACCAGGUGGAGAAGGAAUUGUUGAGGGUGGCGCAACUGCUGAAGGAGCCCAAGCUGGCAACGUCCAUCCUGAACCCACACGUAAAACGCUCCAUCAAAGUGAAGAGCAUUGGCGAUAUGACAGCCCGAGAGAAGUUCUCUCCCCUCACAACCAACCUCAUCAAUCUGCUUGCCGAGAAUGGGCGUUUGAACAACACCCACGGGAUCAUUUCGGCCUUUUCCACCAUGAUGAGUGUCCACCGUGGCGAAGUCCCCUGCACGGUGACCACGGCCUCUGCACUGGAUGAAGCCACGCUUUCGGAAUUAAAAACGGUCCUGCAGAGCUUCCUCAGCAAAAGCCAAGUGCUGAAGUUGGAGGUCAAGACUGACCCAUCCAUCAUGGGCGGCAUGAUCGUGCGCAUCGGGGAAAAGUACGUGGAUAUGUCGGCCAGGUCCAAAAUCCAGAAGCUAAGCAAGGCCAUGCGGGAGGCCGUGUGAACAUGCUGCGUCCCUUACCAGGCCCCCUCCGGACGUGGGGCCCCAAUAAAUGGCUUCCUAAACAGAA